UUACAACACUAUAUGCCGCGACAAAUCAGUCUUUAUUUACAAAUAUUUAAUAAAAACUUUAUUUCACAUAUAAUAAAUAAGUUAUAAAUAAAUAAUGGAGGUCGAUGAAAAUAAUUUAGGAAAACUAACAGAGCAAUCAUUUAAGCGUAAAGAGCGGUUACUUAAACUACGGGAACAAGCCAGUAAAGCAAAUAAAAAUAAUAGCGAAAGUGGCGAGAAACUACCAAAACCAGUGUUUCGCAGUUAUAAACCACUUAAUGAAAGCACAAAUGCUGAGGUGUUAGAACAGGAACCCACCGGUGACAUUGAAAAAGCGGUUGAGAAUCAAUUGGAAUUGUUACAACAACCGAUGACUGUCGACGAGAUAGACAUAACAAAUCUAGCACCACGUAAACCAGAUUGGGAUUUAAAACGUGAAAUUAGUAAAAAACUUGAUAUACUACAGCGACGUACGCAGAAGGCUAUAGCUGAACUAAUACGUGAACGUUUAAAAAAGAACCAAGAUCAAGAUAUUUUUCAAGCUGUUAAUGUUGGCACAGCACAUGUAACUGAUCAAGUAGAUAACGAUGAUGAAACGUAAAAGAAAUUUAGUUGUAGUUUAUAGUUUUUAAUAGAUAUUUUUUUUAUUCAAAUAAAAUAUGU